CGGGAGCCGGGAGCCGCAGCGACGACGCUGGGCGCUCAGAGCUAUGCGUCCGGGGUCUCGGGGAGCUCGAGGGUCGCCCACACUGGGGCUGCUGCUGCUACUGGGACUACCGUGGCCGGUGUGGGGGACCGGGGAGUUCCAAGGAAACACCCUUGGAAAGCCAGUCAUUCUGCACUGGAGCCUAGAUGGACGACCCCAGCGCAUGGUCACCCUGGAGGAAGCGGUCCCAAACCUAGAAGUGAGGCUGGUGGCCUUGGAGGCUGAAGGUCAGGAACUCCUGCUAGAGCUGGAGAAGAAUCACAGGCUGCUGGCCCCAGGAUACACAGAAACCCACUACAGCCCAGAUGGGCGGCCAGUAGUGCUGUUCCCCAACCACAAGGAUCACUGCCACUACCAUGGGCAUGUGAGGGGCUUCCCGGACUCCUGGGUGGUCCUCAGCAUCUGCUCUGGGAUGAGGGGCCUGAUCACACUCAGCAGCAAUGCCAGCUAUUAUGUGCAUCCCUGGCCAGCUGGGGACUCCAAGGACCUCUUGACCCAUAGGAUCUUCCGGGUGGAGCAGAUGUUCAGCACGAAAGGAGCCUGUGGCCACGGGGACCCAAGGGACAAAAGGGACAUGACCAGCCUUUCGUGUGCCACCCAGAUCAGGGAGAGGCGGGAGUCCUUCCAAAGUCCGAGGUACCUGGAGCUGUACAUAGUGGCGGACCACACACUGUUUUUGACUCAGCACCGGAACUUGAACCACGUCAAACAGCGUCUUCUGGAGGUGGCCAAUUAUGUGGAUCAGAUUCUCAGGACUUUGGACAUUCAGGUGGUGCUGACCGGCCUGGAAGUGUGGACCGAGCAGGACCAGAGCCGCGUCACGCCAGACGCGAACGCCACGCUCUGGGCCUUCCUGCAGUGGCGCCGGGGGCUGUGGGCGCUGCGGCCACACGACUCCGCUCAGCUGCUCACGGGCCAAGCUUUCCGCGGUGCCACAGUGGGCCUGGCGCCCGUCGAGGGCAUGUGCCUCACGGAGAGCUCUGGAGGCGUGACCACCGACCACUCGGAGUUCUCCAUGGGUGCUGCGGCCACCAUGGCCCACGAGAUAGGCCACAGCCUCGGCCUCAGCCACGACCCCCACGGCUGCUGCGCGGAGGCAGCGGUGGAGCAGGGCGGCUGCGUGAUGGCGGCGGCUACUGGGCACCCGUUCCCGCGCGUGUUUAGCGCCUGCAGCCGCCGCCAGCUGCGCGCCUUCUUCCGAAAGGGAGGGGGCGCUUGCCUCUCCAACGCGCCGGACUCCGGGCUCCUGGUGCCGCAGGCGCGCUGCGGGAACGGCUUUGUAGAAAAGGGCGAGGAGUGCGAUUGCGGCGCCGGCCAGGAGUGCCCCGGCUCCUGCUGCCUUGCCCACAACUGCUCGCUGCGUGCGGGAGCCCAAUGCGCCUACGGCGGCUGCUGCGCACACUGCCUGCUGAAGCCGGCGGGCACGCCAUGCCGCCCGGCUGCGGGCGACUGUGACCUCCCUGAAUUCUGCACCGGAGCCUCCCCUUAUUGCCCGCCAGACGUUUACCUACUGGACGGCUCGCCCUGCGCCAGAGGCCGCGGCUACUGCCGGGACGGCGCGUGUCCCACGCUGGAGCAGCAGUGCCAGCAGCUCUGGGGGCCUGGCUCGCGUCCAGCCCCGGAGGCUUGCUUCCAGGUCGUGAACUCCGCGGGAGACGCCCAGGGGAACUGCGGCCAGCAGGGAGACGGCAGCUUCGUACCCUGUGCGCAGAGGGAUGCGCAGUGUGGGAAACUGCAGUGCCAGGGCGGGGAGCAGAGCCCACUGGUGCCACACGCGGUUCCGGUGGACUCCACCGUACACCUGGGCAGCCGCGAGGUGACUUGCAGGGGAGCUUCCGUGCAGCCCGGUGCCCAGCUAGACCCGCCUGACUUGGGCCUGGUAGAGGCAGGCACCCAGUGUGGGCCUAGAAUGUGCCCUCACUGCCCACAGGUGUGCCAGGAAAGGCGCUGCCAGAACACUACCUUCCGAGAGCUGGAGCUCUGCCUGAUGGCCUGCCACGGCCGCGGGGUUUGCAAUAGUAACCGUAAUUGUCACUGUGCUCCAGGCUGGGCUCCGCCUUCCUGUGACAAGCCAGGGUUGGGCGGUAGUGUGGACAGCGGUCCUGUGCGCCCUCAAAACUGGGACACCUUCACGCUGGCGGUGAUCCUUAGCUCUGUGCUCCCUCUGCUGCCCGGGGCUGGCCUGGCCUGGUGCUGCUGCCGGCAGCCAGGACUCUGUCUCCAACAACGCUUCUGGGGCUCAAGGAGGGACCUCAUGUGCAGGGGAUCCAAAGAUGGCCCACGCAGAGGCCACCUUCUGGGCAGCACCCACCCACUGGAGUUGGGCCUGACAUCCCCUCGAGAGCCCCAGCCCUUGGACCUUGAGAACUCUGCUAGAACCCAACAGCCACCUUGAGAAGCCGGUUCCUCAUAGCCCUGCUUGUACCCCUAAGCAGGUGGAGUCCAAAAGCCAAGAUCCUGUCUCUGGUGACUCCUGACAUGAGAAGACUUAAGGACAGGUGGCUACUGACUGCCACUCCAAGGAACUCGGACCCUCAGGGGAAGAGCCAGCAACUCAGCUGACUUCUUGCACCUUCAGGCAGCUUCGAAAUUUCUUCCCUGAAUUACUGCCAUACCACCUAUUCCAAGACCCUGGAACCUCAUCUGAAUUUGCACAGUGCUGUCGCCAGUCCUCAGGGCUGUGGGAUCCUCUUAGAGUACACCUUGCAGCAUAAGCAAGAAUCCAUCCACCCGGGAGUGAAGGCCAUGUAGUCACUGACCUCCUGUCACUAGGGGGCGCUCGGUCAGGCUGGGCACCCAGAGAGGCCUCUGUCCAAGGAGUCUGGUGUUGGUGUGCAGUCCCCCAGUCGCCUCCGACUGUUGGUGUGCAGUCCCCCAGUCGCCUCCUUUGCGACCCCAUGGACUGCAGCACCCUGGCCUCCCUGUCCCUCACCACCUCCUGGAGUUUGCCUAAGUUCAUGUCCAUUGCAUUGGUGAUGCCAUCCAGUCAUGUUAUCCUCUGAUGCCCUCUUCUCCUGCCCUUGAUCUUUCCCAGCAUCAGGGACUUUUCCAAUGAGUCAUCUGUUCCCAUCAGAUGACCAAAAUACUAGAGCUUCAGCUUCAGCAUCAGUGCUUCCAGUGAAUAUUCAGGAUUGAUCUCCCUUAAGAUUGACUGGUUGGAUCUCUUUGCAGUCCAAGGGUGUCUCAGUUUUCUCCAACACCACAGUUUGAAGGCAUCAAUUCUUUGGCACUCUGCCUUCUUACGGUCCAGCAGUCACAACCAUACGUGACCACUGGGAAGACCAUAGUGCUGACUAUACAGACCUUUGUCAGCAGAGUAAUGUCUCUGCUUUUCAACACACUGUCUAGGUUUGUCAUAGCUUUCCUGCCAAGAAGCAAUCAUCUUUCUGAUUUCAUGGCUGCAGUCACUGUCCAGUUCAGUACAAUGCAGUUUAGUUCAGUCACCUGAAUGGAACUGUAUAAAAGGAGUCUGUUACUCAUACUUUAUUCAGACCUAGCUCUUAGGAGGACAGUGACUGCUGGGCCAGAAGCCUGGACUCCAGGGGCCCUGUAUUUCAGACUGAAUCCACUUCCCUGGAACCUGACCCCUGCAAAACAAAAUCCUUGGGACUUCCCUUUCUGCGUCCUGUUCUCUCUUGUCCUUCGGAUGCAUCCUCCGCCCCACCCCAUUCCUAGUCCUCAGGUGAGAUUUUAGAGAAGCACGGGGCUGCUGCAGUCCCCUCACUGUGGAUGUUAAUCAAGCCCUCCUCCACUCCAUGGGAGGGAACAAAGGAAGCCAUUUUGGAGAGGACUUCAAAGAAGUCAGAAGAAAGCCAUGUUGCCCUUGACCCUCUGUGAGUCUUCUCUGUCUGUAAAUUCAAUACCAUGGGACUCCCUGAGGGUGGCAAAGGGUGGUGUCUGGAUGACAGCCAGGCCCCAGAAGUACUGGGCAUAGGAUGGUGUUACCUUGCUUGAAUGAUCCCUUGGCUCCACCUCUCCUGCCUCCCAUGAACACUCUUAGCAGCCAUUUACUCUCUCCCCUUGCUUUAUGCAAGAGUUGCUUAGUGACCUUCUUUAUCAUCCAGAUAUUGCUAUAUAACAAAACCACCUCAAAACUUAGUAGCUUAAAACAAUAACCAAUUCUGUGAGUUGCCAAAUUAGGUUGAACUCAGCUGCUGGUUUGAUUGGUUUCAACUCACCUCACUUAAAACAUUUGCAGUCAACUGUUGGCCACUGCUUUUGGGGUUGGCUGGCUUUUGGGUAGGGAGAUGGGGAGAGUGGGCUCUGUGUCUCUCAUUUCUCUAAGAGGCUAGCCCAGGCCUGUUUACAAACAGCUGGGGAGGGUUCUAAGAGAGCAGAACCCAGAUUAGAGUGCAACAAGGGAGGCACUUACCUUGAGCACAAAAAAAGUAAUCAAGAUAAAUAAUAUUUUAAUGUAAUAUUUUGUAAAGAUCAAAAUUAGUACAAAGUCCAUGAUGAGCAAAAUAACAAAAUUUUAAGACAGGAUCAGUUACCAUACCAAGGCUUUUAGGAAACUGAAACAAACAAACAAAAAAUCUGUAGUUGUGAUCUUGAGACAAGUACCUUACUCACUUCGUCCUGCAGAAGAAGCUUGCCAGGCUUCUUGAGAGUCCAUGACAGGCACGUUUUACUUCCAUAACAUUCUGUUGGUCCAAGCAAGUCAUAGGAUUCCAGGGGUUGGGCGGUAAACUCCAUCUUUACUCCAGGGAGGAGCAGCAAAAUCACAUUUCAGAAGAUGUGAAGAAUUGGAAAAUGUUUGCAAUCACUCACUGGCAGCAGAGUUGCAGCCUCAAGGCUCAGGCCUUGCUUUCACUCUACCAGUUAAAGGCGCUGAAUGAGAGUGUUUGCUAAAGCCCCCUCCUAGGUUCUCUGUGGGAUUCUGAUUCAUAGAGAUGACAGAACAAUGACACACAGAGGUCAGUACCAUUGAAAGAAGUUUUUAUCGCUUACAGUUCCCUCGAGAAGGGGGGUGCCCACUGAGCAGAGUCAGAUAGGGAAGCACCCAGUUUGUAAAGAAAGACUGAGGAACUGCCAGAUUGGAAGAAACUAAGGCAACACUGACCACUAAGUGCAUUGUGGGAUUCUGGAUGGGAUCUUGAAACAGACAAAGGACAUAAGUGGGAAGACUGGGGAAAUGCAAACGGAUUUACAGUUAAGUGUCCUGUACCAACGUUAAUUUCCUUGUUUUAAUAAUUGUACUAUGGUCAGGUAAGAUGGUGAUGUUAGGGCAAACUGGGUGAAGGAUAUAAAGGAAGCACUAGCAUUUUUGCAGUGUUGUAACUUUUCUGUAAGUCUAAAUACCAGCUAAUAAAAAGUUAAAGAUAAAAUUAUAAAA